UACGUAUAGCAGCGCCGCCAACUUGAUAAAGCCCUAUUUUCUGAUAAAGCCGUACUCUCUCUUUGACACAAACAAAUUCAGACCUAAACCCUCGAAAAUCUUUUCCUCCCCUUUAUUCCUUUGCAAAUCGCAAUACGUAUAGCAGCGCCGCCAAUUUGAUAAAGCCCUAUUUUCUGAUAAAGCCCUAUUCUUUCUUUGACACACACAAAUUCAGACCUAAACCCUCGCAAUAGGUACAGCAGCGCCGCCAACUUGAUAAGAAGGGCUUAUGCUCGGUCUUCUCAAUACGCCGAGGCAUUUUCAUGCGUCCGAUGAACCAAGUUUUCGACUUCAUCACAGCAUCUUGAAAUUGAAGUCUCACACAGUGCAGCAUUUGCGAAGUAGGUGAUUCAUGCAUUGUUGGUGACAAAAUGGUGUCUGGGAUUCGUUCGGGAAAUCUGAACUGUGACAAGACAAAGAAGAAAAAUGUUAGGAAAGAUUCAUUUGUGGAAGUAUCAACUGGAAAGAAGGCGCACCAAUUGCAGGGUUUCCUUCAAAAUGAUGCUUUCACCUACCUGAAACCAGAAAAGAUCAAAUUAAAUAUUGAAGCAUUGGAUGAUAACACUUUGUGCGAGCUGGAAAGAAUUAUCAGGAGUUGUCUCGAUGCAAGGGCUAUCAAAGCUGGUAAAGCUGACCAGGCUAAAAGGGAGGAAAAGGAAAGAGUUGCAAGGCUGCAUGGGAAAGAUAAGGGCAGAGUUGAACCCCAAAUCAGAGCCGAUGAAUCUUUUUCACAAAAGAUAGCAGAAGCACGACAAAUGAUGCAGAAGAGAGAAAGAGACGCUGCCCGACUUCGUCUGCAGAAGUUGGAGAAGACUGUAGAGUUCGAGGACAAUCUGCAAAUUGUCCAAUACUUUGAGAACCUUAGAGUAUUUGUAUCAAAUAAACCGUUGGAGUUAUUGGGUUUGUUUCUGAAGGAGGAUGACUUCUACAUGGAUGAGGAGGCGAUUGAUGUAGAAGAGGGAGAGAUCUUGGGAUAAGUUUCAAACCAGAAUAGCUUCCAACGCCAUUCAUUUUUUUCAGCAAUUUGGAAUCAGUUCAUUCUUUACAACUGUAAAAGAAAAUUUUGCGAAUAGAAAUGUAUAUGUUUACUGCUGCAGAAAACUCUGAGAAACAGGGCUAAAGCUUGCCUGAAAUGGCACAAGGCUAAAGCUUGCCUCUUAUGUACAGAGAGAUUGCCACUGUAAUUUUUUUUGGUGUUACUUUGGCAAGGUGUAUUUUGACUUUUGCUAGGAGUUGACUCUUGCUUAGUUCCUAGUUGUUGAGUGGCCAUGUGCCUUGUUUGUGAAUUGUAUAAAAGUUCACCUGUAACUAGUUUUAUUUCAAGUUAAUAAAAUCAUGACACUGUUUCUUUUC